AUGACGCUGGCUUUGCAUGGACAUCAUGCACUAUUAAUCGCUACGUUAGCAUUUAUUGCAGCUGUGCUCACACCAUAUUGGUAUACUAGUCCCAAUCAAACACUACACAUUGACAUAUUCAAAAUAUGUAAUUCUUCAUCGAUACCAUCUCAGUGCCCAUGGACAUAUAGCUUGUUGGCAAAUAAUUCACACUUUGGAUCAAUCAAUCUUGUCUAUCCGAUCGUCAUCUCGUCAUGUGCGCUCGGCUGCGUUUUGAUAAGUUUUAUUGGCCUUGUACUUGGCUCAUGGUAUUUGCAACGGCAUACAGAUGAGCAUAAUGCUACUUGGUUACUUGUACUAACAUUGAUACUAGUUUUUCUCAGCUUUUUACUUUCUUGUGCAGUUUGGACAAUAAUUUUAACAACAAAUUUACAACAUGAUAAUCUUUCAAACUACAAGGUUCGUUUGGCAGAUUUUGGUUUUUCAUUUUGGAUCAACAUCGGUUCAUCUGUUGCAUACUUAUAUACAUUUAUUCUCUAUCUAAUCUCUGUUUGUCAAGGCUGA